AAGUAAAUCCGCGCCGCCGCGUCUCCGCCUUCACACUCUGAUACCCGCCUGGUGAAAAAGCCGUUUCACCGCCAUGGACGAAGCGGAGGAUGGCGACGAGGACCGCGGCCGCGAGCGGCGUUCGAGGCUCGACAGCGGGGGCUUAUCUGACCCUUCCAGGACCAGGUAUUUCACUCCAGGAGGGGGAGCAGCACCGAGCCAGACCCCCAACAGCAGCGCCAGCGGACCAAACGAGCUCCGUGCGUCGCGCGACACAGACCGUGCGCCUGUCUCUCUGUGCCAGGGCGAUGCGUGCGGCUUCGGGUUUGGAUUCAGUUUCACGAGCAACGACGAUGACACGAGGACCUCGGCCACUAGUGUUGAUGUGGAGCAAGUAGACGAAGGCGAGGAAGAGGAGGAGGAGGAGGACGUCGGCAUGAGACGCGCUGUGAACGGAGACUGCAGGAAAGACACGAGCUCGCCUUCACUCCUCUCCAAACAGGAGAAGCAGACAGGUGGCUCGGUCACACCUGAGGAAAGAAGUGCGGGUAGCGCAUGCCCUUCCGCCACCAUGGAUGGUUCGAACACGCCCGUUGGUACCGGAGCCCCUGAGACGGAGAAGAAGGACUCUCGGGUGGCUUUUUCUGACCCGAAUCCCGCGCAACCAGCCGCGCUUUCCAAGGCCGAGGACGGACAGAUGACAGCGGAGGAUGGAGAGGCCAGGGACAGUCAGACCUACAUGCAACGGCAGUUCAGCUCCAUGCUGCAGCCCGGAGUCAACAAAUUCUCCCUGCGCAUGUUUGGCAGCCAGAAAGCAGUCGAGAAAGAACAGGAGCGAGUAAAAUCUGCCGGCAACUGGAUCAUCCACCCGUACAGUGAUUUCAGGUUCUACUGGGACUUCACAAUGCUGAUGUUUAUGGUGGGCAACCUAAUCAUCAUUCCAGUUGGCAUCACCUUCUUCAAAGAUGAGACCACCACACCCUGGAUUAUCUUCAAUGUGGUCUCAGACACUUUCUUCCUCAUGGACCUGGUGCUCAACUUCCGCACAGGCAUCGUCUUUGAGGACAACACAGAGAUCAUUCUAGACCCUAAAAAGAUCAAGCAAAAGUAUUUACGGACUUGGUUUGUAGUGGACUUUAUCUCAUCUAUCCCUGUGGAUUAUAUUUUUCUCAUUGUGGAGAAAGGCAUUGACUCUGAGGUUUAUAAGACAGCAAGGGCAUUGCGGAUCGUGCGCUUCACCAAAAUCCUUAGCCUGUUGAGGCUUCUGAGACUUUCCAGACUUAUUCGCUACAUCCAUCAGUGGGAGGAGAUCUUUCACAUGACCUAUGACCUGGCGAGUGCUGUCAUGCGGAUCUUUAACCUGAUUGGGAUGAUGCUGCUGCUGUGCCACUGGGAUGGCUGCCUGCAGUUUCUCGUGCCCAUGCUGCAGGACUUUCCCUCUGACUGCUGGGUUUCCCUUAACAAGAUGGUGAAUGACUCAUGGAGCGAGCUGUAUUCCUUUGCCCUGUUCAAGGCCAUGAGCCAUAUGCUGUGUAUCGGGUACGGACGCCAGGCCCCAGAGAGCAUGUCUGAUAUCUGGCUCACCAUGCUGAGCAUGAUUGUGGGAGCCACCUGUUACGCCAUGUUUAUUGGCCAUGCUACCGCUCUCAUCCAGUCGCUGGACUCGUCACGCCGCCAGUACCAGGAAAAGUACAAACAAGUGGAGCAAUACAUGUCCUUCCACAAACUUCCCGCUGAUUUCCGACAGAAGAUCCACGAUUACUAUGAACACAGAUACCAAGGCAAGAUGUUUGACGAGGAGAGUAUUUUAGAGGAGUUAAAUGAGCCACUGAGAGAGGAAAUUGUCAACUUUAACUGCCGCAAGCUGGUUGCCUCUAUGCCACUUUUCGCAAAUGCUGAUCCCAACUUUGUGACGGCCAUGCUGACCAAACUACGAUUCGAGGUCUUCCAACCAGGAGAUUACAUCAUCCGUGAGGGGACCAUUGGAAAGAAGAUGUAUUUCAUCCAGCACGGAGUUGUGAGCGUCCUUACGAAAGGCAACAUAGGCAUGAAGCUUUCUGAUGGCUCUUAUUUUGGAGAGAUUUGCCUGCUGACUCGGGGAAGACGCACAGCCAGCGUUCGAGCUGACACCUAUUGCCGUCUGUACUCACUUUCUGUGGACAACUUUAAUGAAGUUUUAGAGGAAUAUCCAAUGAUGAGGAGAGCCUUUGAGACCGUGGCCAUUGACAGAUUAAAUCGGAUAGGCAAAAAGAACUCCAUCCUGAUGCACAAAGUUCAACAUGACCUGAACUCUGGAGUUUUCAACAAUCGUGAGAAUGAGCUAAUUCAGGAGAUUGUGAAGUAUGACCGGGAAAUGGUGAAAUUAGUGGACCUGCAAAGACCCAGAGCCAUGUCGGCCACUCAAUCUACUCAUAGCACCAUGUUUCCUUCUUCCAAUCAACCUCCAACAGGCUCUGCCAUUGCCACCCUGCAGCAGGCUGUAGCCAUGAGUUUCUGUCCACAGAUGGCCAACCCACUGGCAGCCCAUGGAGCUCUUCAGUCUCCCCGCAUGGUGCGCCGUUUCCAGGUAGUCCAAAGCCUCUCCAGCCCUGGGACCCAGCAGACCCCUCCAGGCUCACAGUUCUCCAUCACUGCUCUGCCCUCUGCGUUUUGCAGCACACCGGUUCAGAGCCCAUUGGCUACUGGAGGCCGAACAUGUCAAUACAGUUCCAGCCCUAUGGGUGCUCCAACAGGCUCCCAGCUCUCUCUGGCACAGCAGCAUAUCUCCAGCCCCACACACCGUGCAACUGUUCCUAGGAGUGCGAUGACCCAGGAUGCUAGGGCCCUCUCUGCCUCCCAACCAUCUUUGCCCCACGAUGCCAUGCAACCGGCUGCCCCAAGUCCACCCCAGUCAACGAGAGUUUCCUCCAGCUCUAUUGGACCACCUCACAACCUCCCGGGACCUACAGGCUUAAGAGCUGCCAUUCCUCCCAGGAUGACACUUCAGCACCAGAUGUCUGUGGGAGCUUUCCCACCUGCCUCAUUACCACAAAUGAGACCAAGCCAGGACUCGGGACUGCCCAAGAAAGAUUCUGUAGUCAGCCUUCCAGACACGGACCAUCACGUUAGAUCUAGAUUAUCUUCCAAUUUGUGACCUAGAUGGAGCUGGGUGUAUAGGUAUCUUUUCCUUCUGCAAGGACAUUUCUCAACUCUGUGUCAUGCCCUGGACCUUACUUUAAGAAUGUACAUGGUUCAAAUUGUGACAAGGGGUGGGAUAGGGAGGUGACUAGAACUGCCAGACUUGACAGCAUACUAUUAACCAUACAAAGUCUGUAAAGCUGAAGAUUUUAAUAUCACUGAGAGGUUUCUGUUUUACCCACCAACAUAAAUAUCAAUGUAGCUUCUUUCCACACAGUUUGCCUCUUCAUAAUUGCUUACUUUUAUUGUGGUUGUAUUCAAACAUUGCGAGAAUCAGUUCCCUAUUGUGCACGGUAGUUAAUAAUACAGUGUAGAGUGGAAUGCAACAUGGGAAAAGGUGACGUGUCUAAUUACGACGUCUGAUCUCCUCCUCCCAACUUUGAGUGGGUAGUUAAUAGUGUUUUUACUUACGACUGAGCAAUAUUAAAACUGCUACAGAAAAUGCAAGAACGGUUUCUUUGACCAAGAGCGUAAUUAGUACAGAAAUGGAUUCGAUUUCUUCCCCUUUUGACUGAAGUUUGCCAGAAAAAAAGAGCUGCAGAUUUAAACAACUAAAAUGAAAAAAGGGAAACAUUUUCAUUGCCUUGAUUUUCACUUAGAAGCCAUAUUUUUGUGCAAGCCUGUGUGUGUCUGUGAGUGUGUUUUAAAUAUAAAAACAGUUAUUUGUUCAUAUUUAUAGCCCAUGAAAAAUUUCUACAUUAAAUUAUUAUUAUUAACUAUAAAAAGAAAGAAAACAAAAAAAAAUUGAUGGGUGUUAUUUCCAGAGGAAACAAGAAAUGUAGGUAGAAGGUUACACUGCAGAUUUGAAACCAACAAUGCUGUAAAUACUUUUUCCCCCAUAUUGAUGGCUUUUGCACUUCUGGCUCCAGAUGAGUUUGCAGAUGUUACAUCACAUGUGGAUAUCAGAGGGAACUAAUAUGCUAAGCCAGAAAAUAUUAGACUGGGUUUUAUAUUUAAAAUUAACGUAUAAAGGAUGUAGCAGCAUACCACAUGUGCACUCACUCUGUAUUAACUCUAAAGAAAAGUCAUAUGGGCUACUAUUUGCAAAAUGCUCCUUAGUAUUGCAAGGGGAGAGGCAAGGUUAUGUGAAUCGAUUGGGAGAUAUCUGCUGCUAAUGAUUUAGUAAUUAUAUCCAGUGAAACAUGUAAGCACGUAUUAUGCAACAAUGAGUCUUUCUAUGCUCAUGCGAUACCUUCUAUCUUUGUGGCUUCAUGGAAUAACCAACUCUCUGUACUCCUUAAGUUGACUUCCACUCUGUUCGAAUGUGUUUCUUUUCAUCACUGCACUGUUUAAAAAUGGCUGGCUGUAAUCGCCCUUGUAGAUCUCCCCUUCCUCUUGCUUUAGUACUGUCGCUGGUCAAGGCCUGUUACAUGUAAUACUCACAAUGUGUCGUGUAGAGGCUUCCUUUGUGAGGGUAAUAAAAGCCAGCAUUGUCUUGUUCAUGACCUUUGGGAGCAGCUAAUGUCUGGAUACAUGGAUAAAUUUUUUUUAAAUCCCGUAAAUCUAUUUUUACAGCUUGAUUUUUUUUUAUUUUAUAUUUUAGCCCUGUAAGACAGGUCUGUUAAAACAUCCCCAUUUUACCCUUAUGUAUGAUGUUUAAAGUGUAAAACUGUUAAAUCUGCUGGUUGGUUUGUUACCACCUAAAAAUACAUAUGACCCAAUAACACUGCAAGAUAACUUUUUUUUUCUCCAGAUAUUCGACAAUCUCCCUAGUCUUGUAUCCUGUUUGCCAAAUUGAAGCAAAUCUUCAAAGCAAUAAAAAUCUUCCACAUUUUCUCCAAUAGAAGCAAUCCUACUCAACUACUCAAUGGUCAACUGAAUUGCUGUUCAAUAUUGUAAAGAAAACAGGCCACAGGUUUUGCUAUGCAUUCAGGCUGAGGAUGACUUCUGUUCUGUGGUUCAUCUUUCAAUAAAGCGAGGAAGA